CUGUGGGGCGAGUACCCAAGACCUGGUCCCCAGAGCGCACGGCGAGCGGCUUCCCCGUCCCGUCGGUACUUUGGAGAGGUGGGAGCCAGGCAGGACUGCAGCAGCCAGCGCCUCUGCGGGAAAGUGUGAGAUCUCACGGUGAACCCGGAGGCUGACGGUGGAGCCGCGUGGCCCUCUUCUCCCUGGCUGCCACAGCUCUGAAGCCUAGGGAGCUCCUCACUGAGGAGAAGGUUGCUGCAGAGAAGAAACAGUCAACUGGCAAGAUGGUCUCCUGAAAAUCCUAAACGUGAUGAUGGAAAUGAAAGGCUGGAAGAAGGGUGGGAAGGUACAGCUGAGGAAGCCUCCCAGGAAGUAGACCCAGUAAUGACGCAGCAGCAAAUAGAAAAGAUAAAAGAAGUUGGGAAUCAGUACAAGAAGUCAGCUUCCCUGGUGGCUCAGAAAGAAUCCGCCUGCGAUGCAGGAGACCCAGGUUCAAUCCCUGGGUUGGGAAGUUCUCCGUGAGAAGGGAAUGGCUACCCAGUCCAGUAUUCUUGCCUGGAGAAUUCUGCUGACAGAGGAGCCUAGUGGGUUACAGUCCAUGGAAUCGCAGAGUCGAACACAACUGAACAACUGACACGCAUGAAGUGAAAACCCCGCUAUUUGGAAGCAGCGCUCUUACCAUUCCCAGAUGUGGAAAGUAAGGCUGCAAUAGGUGGAUAACUCACGGGCGGCCACGUGGCAAACCCUGAGGUGAAAUUCAGACCCAUCUCUCUGGCUGCACCCCCCAGCCCCCAGUCCUGCAUGGAACAGGCCGUUGAGUGUCCCUGCGUGUCACACCUGUCAGUGAUCACAGGGUUGGUGUGGGGCUAUCCGUCCAGCACUUAGGGGCUGUCUGGUCCAAAAAGGUUCUCCAUAAAAGGUUAGCCUUUGAGAUGAUUAACAUAGCCACAGAAACCUUUGUGGAGAGGAGGGAUAACCAGGCAGGACAAGUCAAGACUGCCUUUGUUUUCUUGAUGCUAAAGAUUAAAAUCCUUAGCUGAGAAGGAUGGGAAGAAAGGAGGAAGAAGCACCAUGCUGUGGGGUGGGAAAUGAUAGAAGUUUGUUGGGAAACCAAUGAAAAAGCUUUCCCAGAAGCAGAGGGACGGUACGUUGCUGAGGGUCUGACCGGGGGCUCCCUCAUCCUGGAAGCGCCCCUGGGUCCGCCCUGUAGCCCGGGGGGAGUGAAGGCAGCAGGGCCGCACCGCGUGGUCCAGGCAGGACCCAGAGGACCUUGCGUUCUCCGGAUCAGGCAUGUUUCUCUUUCUUAAUCGUCCAACCUCAGACUCAGAGCAAAAACCACAAGGUGUUGGAAAAGCGAUGAAUCCAAAAAUGAGACUCUAGGAAAUGAAAAGCAUAUCCACUGUCUAGAGAUGGCACCCAUAUGCGGGUGACUUGACGUGACAGGCACGCUCACCUUGGUUUACUCUGGGGAACCUUGAGAUGGGGGUGUUCAGAAACGAGGAGUGGGCCUGCACUCGGGGACCCAGGCCCAGGUCCAUUGCUCCGGGCUGUCUCCUGGGACAUGGGAGUUAGUGGAGUGUAAGCUCCACAGGGACUAGGGGCUCAUCUCGCAGGCUGUUCUGAGUGAGGGAGGAAUAAAUGAGUGAACAGUCGUUACGGAAGACUGCCUCCCGGACCUCUCCUGAAAGCACCAGGCUCUGUGUCUGGUUUCCCAGUGUAAAGACGUGGAUACUGUAAUUUGCAUUUUAGAGUGAUCCUAUAGCCUGCAGAGAAAUUUUUCAUGUUGGUUUGAUACUGGGAGGUAAAUGGGUAUUAUCCAUCUUGCAGCCAGAAAAGUGGUUCUUGAGUUAAGUGGUAGAACGUUAAUGUUUCUUUUUUUUUCAUCUACAGCAUUUUUCUCCCUUUGAGUUAUCCCUAAAGCAUGAAUAUAAUAUACUUCUUCUUCUUCCUUUUAAUACUGUAGGCUCUGGGUGUUCUUGAAUGCCCUUGUGGAUAUGCUACGUUAUUAAAAUAUGAUAAUUAAAAUUAUCUAGUUAAUAUAAUUGGGAAGCAGGAUAAGAUUUCUCAUUAGCAGCACCAAAUCCACACUUCAGAACUCCUGCUGGGAGAUGACAGGGUCCAGUAUGGCUUUUGACACCCUUUUUGUCUCUCGGUUUGCUCAUGUGAUAAUCCAUGGUCUAAUGAUUGUGUGUGUGUGUGUGUGUGUGUGUGUGUGUGUGUGUGAGAAAAUGUAGUUAGGAGGCUGCAGGAAUCAAGGAAGGAAGACAGCCCUGAUGGGAGUGCCUGUCCCUUGUGGAGCACGCAUGUUGCUUCUCUCCCAUUUGCACUCCUAAGCUGCAUUACUGUCCAGAGCAACUGAAUUUUACAGUUGCUUGGAAGGAAUUUCCAAGACAAAGCCAAAACGCGAGUAGUGUCCAGUGACUGUUGUCAUGGCUGGCCUGUGGAGGACAGUACAUGCCCGCCGGCUCAGAGCCCUGACCGGAGUGGAAUAAGCGAUCCCUCGGGCUCGGUGUUCGGCACUGGAGGCUGGCGCCGGGUUUAGGAACGGCGACACAGGCUUGCUGCACCGAAGAGCAGCGUGCCGCCGGCAGUCAGCUGACACUGGUGUUAGGUUCAUGGUCCGGAGGAAAUGGAAUAAAGCAGCCAUACUCAUCCCACCUUGAACACUAUGAGCUCUGGCAUUGAGACUUUAGUGGAGGAGCUCUGCUCCAGGCUGAAGGACCUGCAGAGCCAGCAAGAAGAGAAGAUUCACAAGAAGUUAGAGGGGUCUCCCUCUCCAGAGGCAGAAUUAUCGCCCACAGCGAAGGAUCAAGUGGAAAUGUACUAUGAAGCAUUUCCACCGCUGUCCGAGAAGCCAGUUUGCCUGCAGGAAAUCAUGACCGUGUGGAACAAGUCCGCAGUCGGCUCCUACUCGAGCUCGUCCUCCUCGUCCACAGCCCCUCCAGCCAGCACAGACACGCCCUCCCCCAAGGAUUGCAACAGCGAAGGCGAGGUCAUCCGGGAGAGAAGCGGCGACGCGCCGCCCGCCAGCCUGCACGAGAGAACGCAGAGCGGCCGCAGCCACAGCGAGAAGGAGAACAGGUUCAGGAACGGGCCCGGCGAAGAGCGGCCCGCGCCGCAGCCGCCGUCCAAGAAGCAGAGCCGGCACCGGCCGGACGGGAAGCCGCGCCCACGCUCCUGGUCAUCCGGCUCCAGCGAAGCUGGCUCGAGCUCCAGCGGGAACCAGGGGGAGCCCAAGGCGUCCGCGAAGUGCGUGAAGUUGAGGCACAAGGUGCGGGAGAUCCGGAACAAGAAAGGAGCGCGCAGCGGGCAGAGCCGGCUCUCGCUGAAGCGCGGCGAGAAGGUGGAGAGAAGCCCACAUGCCGCGGGGAGCAGCAGCAGCAGCGGCGGUGGCGGUUCCUUCCGACAGCUGUGCAAGCGGGGCAAGCGGCCGCUGAAGGAGCUGGGCAGGAAGGAGGUGGGGGGCGCCGAGGGCAGAGACCUGUUCCUGGAGAGCAGGACGGACAGGGAGUACAAGGAGGAGCCGCUGUGGUACACCGAGCCCAUCGCCGAGUACUUCGUCCCUCUGAGCAGAAAAAGCAAGCUGGAGACCACGUACCGCAACAGGCAAGACGCCGACGACGUGACCUCAGCGGCUGUGGAGGAGUUGUCCGAGUCAGUGCACGGCCUCUGCAUCAGCAACAAUAAUAUUCAUAAAACAUACCUCGCAGCAGGUACUUUCAUCGAUGGUCAUUUUGUAGAAAUGCCUGCAGUCAUAAAUGAGGACAUCGACCUCGCUGGGACCUCAUUCUGUCCUCUGCCAGAGGACGACAAAUACUUGGAUGAUAUUCAUCUGUCAGAACUAACACACUUCUACGAAGUGGAUAUUGACCAAUCCAUGUUGGAUCCCGGUGCCUCAGAAACCACGCAAGGAGAAAGUCGGAUUUUGAAUAUGAUUCGACAAAAAAGCAAAGAGAAGACAGAUUUUGAGGCAGAAUGUUGCAUAGUGUUAGAUGGAAUGGAGUUGCAAGGGGAACGUGCAAUAUGGGCAGACUGUACCAGCUCUGUGGGCGCCGAGGGCUUUCUCCUGCAAGACCUUGGCAGCCUGGCCCAGUUCUGGGAGUGCUGUUCGUCCAGCUCUGGCGAUGCUGACGGGGAGAGUUUUGCGGGAGACUCCCCGGUUCGACUCUCCCCGACCUUAGACAGCACAGCGCUCAAUCCGCAUUUGCUGGCCGGCAAUCAAGAGCUCUUUUCAGAUAUUAAUGAAGGAUCUGGUAUAAACUCCUGUUUUUCAGUGUUUGAAGUGCAAUGCAGUAAUUCUGUUUUACCAUUUUCUUUUGAAACACUCAACUUGGGAAAUGAAAAUACAGAUUCUAGUGCUAACAUGCUUGGGAAAACACAGUCUAGAUUACUAAUAUGGACCAAAAAUAGUGCCUUUGAAGAAAAUGAACACUGUUCUAAUCUUUCAACAAGAACUUGUAGUCCGUGGUCCCAUUCAGAAGAAACACGUUCAGACAAUGAGACGUUAAAUAUCCAGUUUGAAGAGUCCACACAGUUUAACGCAGAGGAUAUUAAUUAUGUAGUUCCUAGAGUCUCGUCCAAUUAUGUAGAUGAAGAACUCCUAGAUUUUUUGCAGGAUGAAACUUGCCAGCAAAACAGUAGGACUUUAGGAGAAAUCCCAACGUUAGUUUUCCAAAAAAAAUCUAAACUAGAAUCUAUCUGUGGUAUUCAGCUAGAACAAAAAACAGAGAACAAAGCCUUCGAAACUACGCAAGCGUGUAGUGAAGGCAGUCCGCGUGGAGAUGGCUACAGCUCAGGGGUUAUUAAAGACAUUUGGACAAAGAUGGCAGACAGAAAUUCUGCAGCUCUGCUAGAAAUAGAAAGCGUUGAUGAUGAGUUGUUUCCGACAGAUGUAAAUAACUACUGCUGCUGUUUGGAUGCUGAGGCUCCAAUGGAGCCCCUCCAGGAGCCGAACAAGGCCGUGCAGAGAUCAGAAUACCACCUGUGGGAGGGCCAGAAAGAGACCCUGGAGAAGAGAGCCUUUGUGUCCGGCGAGCUGUCCAAGGUGGAUGGUGGGGACUACACCACCCCCUCGAAACCUUGGGAUGUGGCCCAAGACAAAGAGAACUCAUUCAUCCUGGGAGGAGUUUACGGGGAGCUCAAAACCUUUAACAGCGAUGGAGGGUGGGCAGUCGUACAGCCCAGUCACGCCAAAGGGAGUUUGCUGCAGUGUGCCGCUUCCGACGUGGUGACCAUAGCGGGGACAGAUGUCUUUAUGACCCCCGGAAACAGCUUCGCUCCUGGUCACAGGCAGUUAUGGAAACCCUUUGUGUCCUUGGAACAGAACGACCAGCCGAAGAGUGGGGAAAACGGAUUGAAUAAGGGAUUUUCCUUCAUCUUCCAUGAAGACUUACUAGGAGCUUGUGGCAACUUUCAAGUUGAAGAUCCUGGACUCGAGUAUCCCUUCUCUUCCUUUGACUUAAGCAAUCCGUUUUCACAAGUUCUCCACGUAGAGUGUUCCUUUGAACCCGAAGGGAUUGCAUCUUUCAGUCCAAGCUUCAAACCGAAGUCAAUCCUCUGCUCUGAUUCCGACAGCGAAGUUUUCCACCCCAGGAUAUGCGACGUCGACAGAACACAGUACCGGGCUAUCCGGAUCUCCCCCAGGACUCACUUUCGCCCUAUCUCUGCAUCUGAACUCUCCCCCGGAGGAGGAAGUGAGUCAGAAUUUGAAUCCGAGAGAGACGAAGCAAACGUUCCCAUUCCUUCUCAAGUCGACGCAUUCGAAGAUCCACAGGCAGAUCUCAAACCGCUGGAAGAGGAUGCAGAGAAAGAAGGCCAUUACUAUGGGAAGUCCGAGCUUGAGUCUGGGAAGUUCCUCCCCAGGUUAAAGAAGUCUGGGAUGGAGAAGAGUGCCCAGACCUCCCUGGAUUCCCAGGAGGAGUCGGCUGGGGUCCUGCCAGCAGGAGAGCGGAACCCGUGUCUGGAGUGCAGCAUGAGCGAGCCUCUGGAGAUCGACCUGGAAAGCCCAGAAGCAAACUGUAAAAUAAUGGCACAGUGCGAGGAAGAAAUUAAUCAUUUCUGCAGCUGCAAAGCAGGUUGUCAGUUCCCUGCUUAUGAAGAUAAUCCAGUUUCUUCAGGACAGCUGGAAGAGCAGUUCCCUGUACUGAACACUGACGUGCAUGGAAUGAACCGGAGUCAAGAGAGACAAACCUGGUGGGAAAAAGCCUUGUACUCGCCUCUCUUCCCCACCUCGGAGUGUGAAGAAUGUUAUACAAAUGCCAAGGGAGAGAAUGGUAUAGAAGAGUAUCCAGAUGUUAAAGAAAUGCCCAGUAAUGAAGAGCGUCUGUUAGAUUUUAAUAGGGUGUCUUCUGUUUAUGAAGCGAGGUGCACAGCAGAGCAGGACGCCGGAGCCCAGCCCAACGGCUUCCACCGCACGCCGCGCUGCAGCGCCGGCUCCGCCGCGGAGGACUCCGGCUCGGAGGGUGGAGGCGAGUGGGCGGACCCCGGCGCGGAGGCGCUCUUCUCCCGGACUCAUCUCUAACCCCGCCCCCCGCAGAGCAGUACAACUUUUUUUUUUAAUUGCUACGUGAGGGGGAAAGUACCCUUUUGUGAGGCCUGUUAAUCUAAAACAACAACUUAGGUUUCUUCUUCAAUUAACUGGUUCAGAUCAGUAAUUCUCUUUCUCUUCUUGCUUAUUUUAGAGUUGAGGACAGCUGUCCUGUUGAAGAUUUUCUUUCUUUCUUUUUUUCUUCUUCUUCCAAGCUGUUAAAAUUCUUGGCUCUCUGAACUAGACUAGAACCGGUGUGCAUGUGCUCGUCUUAGAAGCAUCACUGCCUUCCGCGUCCUCUCGCUGCCGCAGCCCUCCCCACCUCCGGCCGCAGUCCGUCACCGCCCCCCCUUGCUAGCACCGCAGCGUCAGCGCCCACGUCCACUCCUCAGAGACUUUAGCUUCGGGGACACGCAGGCUCUGUCCUCUCCGAACUGGGGUGUGAAUGCUUACCCCCGCAGCGGGUCAGUGCCUGUCUCCGGAGGCCAGAGGGCAGCCCGGGUGACUCAUCCCCGGUCUCCAUUCAGUAAAAAAAUCUCAUGUACAUUUAACGUAGGAACUGCAAGGGUGUGCUUUUAGAGACUUAACAAAAAUACUGUGUUUUCUAUCUUAGGAUCUUCCCCUAGAGUAUGUACCAUGGACAGUGCCAUGGUCGGUGACCUCCUCGCUAGCUGAGGCAGCCAAGGACUUGGAGGUAUGGGGUGGCAUGUAAGGCCAGGUGGGGCGGAGGGCGGGGCAGUGCCCCCCAGCCUGCUCUCGUCGCAGUCUCUUUGCCCGCCCCCGACACCAGUCAGGGUUUGCGGUGAGUCUUGGCAAUACUCGAUGAGGACCUGGGUUGCCGGUGAGAUUCUUGCAGUGACCGACAUGGAAUCCAAGCCCCCCCCCUCCCCCCUCCCCGCCCCAGAACUUGAGAUUGUAAACGUCUGACCUGAAACAAAGGCCACCUCACGACCCCAAAGAGACCUUGGCUGCAGCAGCUGGCUGCGCUCCUGGCUCUGAGUUAGCGUAGCUUAGAUCUCCUUUUGUGUUUGAGAGAACGUUCUGGGCAAGUUCUGUGUGUGGCGGGUCUGAGAGCAGAGUCCUGGUUUCUCCCGUACCGGUGUGAGGGCUCCACGGGGCCGCUGGCCCGUGUCGUCGGGAAGCCAGGGCUCGGUCCAUCUUGUCCAGGCCCAACCGUUUCACAACGGUCACUUCCUCAAGCUUUUCACACCGCCGCGCAACAGGCUGAAGUUAGAAGGAGCAAUAUUUGCAAAACCUAAAUGUUUAAAGUUACUUUUCUUUUUUUAACCGACGUGUGAGAUCAGUUGAGCGUGUCUGUAACGUCGGGAAGUCUUAACUGGAUGAGACAGCCCCACCACUGAUUCUGGCGGGCACUAGACACGCAAUGUGUUCUAGCUGGGAGCUGAGCUGGCCGAGAAUACGAGGUUUGCUUCAAGCGUUGGGUUUCGUUGCCUUGCCCUCAUGAUGACACAGGAAACUCCCUCCAGGGCUGUGGAGUCACCCCCUCCCCCGGCGCGCUCUGUCCUCACUGUGGGAAAGCUGAUGGGCCGUGGGGUUUGGUCUCACCACACGUCAGGGUUUGUUUUUAUACAGCACAUCUUUGACACUUUAAAGUGGGUUUGUGUGUGUGUGUGUGUGCGUGUGUAAGGUUUUUAUGUUGCUGUUAUUUAUUUAUAGACUUUAUAAGGGUUUAUGUAUUUUUCUUUCUUCCAGAGCUUCCUAAAAAUUGAUUAGCAUCUGCACUGAAAUAUAAUUUUUAACAGCAAAGGCAAAAAAAGAAUUGGAAGUUGUAAAAUUCCUUAAAAAAAAAAAUCACUACAGUGACGAUCAUCCUAGAAAUCGUUGCUCGUGUAGCCGAGACCAAAUAAAUAGAUUUCAGACACAACCUUUAGCUCGGUGAUUUUGGACAGCUGCUUUUUUUUUUUUUUUUUUAUCAUGAAAAGGCUCCAGGUGGUCACGUGCAGACUUCCUCACAGCUGGUGGGAAGGCGACGCACCGCCCACGGGAACGGGAGGGGAUUAGAAAUGGGCCAGGGAGUGAACAGAUUACUUAUUUAUUUGUUUUUGUAGCUAAGUGGCUGAAGCCCGGAGGCUCUCAGCGACAGAGUUGAAAGUUGUGGCUUUCAGUUUUGUGAGUGAUCACAAGGAAAAAAAGCAUCUCUUUAAAAAGUUGGCAAAACGCUGAAACGCACUGUGGUAUGAAGCGCGCUGCACUUCUUGGCACUGAAGCGCCCGUUUCCCCUUCCUGGGCCGAGACUCUUUUCCCGUGGUUGUAUCGUUCUGAUUUCACGUACACCAGAGUAACCGAUUUUUUGUUUUGUUUUGUUUUCUUGUGGAGUUAACACCAAAUAAAAAAGUUUAAAAAGCC